AUGCCAAUCAAAUGGACGGCCGAAUUGGAUGCCAUCCUUCUCCAUGGGGUGUUCGAGGAAUGCAACAUAUCUUUCAGCAAAGCCCUGUGCGCGAAGAUCGCUGAGCGCGUCCAAGCAGCUGGCAUGGAAUGCUCUGCUAAGGCCGUCGAGAAUCGCCUGUAUACAUGGAAGAAGAAAAACAUAUCUGGCAACACCAACCUGAACGCCAGCACCAGUAACACCCCCACGAAGCCUGCUGCCAAAAAGACCUCCACGCCCAAGACCCCGCGUGGUCGAGCCAAGACGACACCUAAGAAGGUGGUCAACUACGACAAUGGCACCGAAGGUCCCAUGGACGAUGAUGAACAGUUAAUGUCGCCUUCUGCAGCUCGUGGCAAACGUGCGCUCAGCAGUGCCAGCAAAGGUUUCUCUUACGCUGAACCUGACAGUGAGCCUGACAAUGCCGAUAUCCUUUCUUCAAAGCGUGUCAAGGUCGAGCUUGUUGAGCCAGAGUACAGCUUAUUCGAAGCUUAUGCUACACAUGAGCGUUCAGGAUAG